CUGUCUAUUAUUGAUGCAUACUUCUGAAAUUAUUUAUAUUAGAGGCUAGUUUUUUUCUAGCCUGAAAUCUCUUCAAAAAACUUUUGAUUGGUUCCCUUUUCUUGUGAAAUGGAGAAAUGGAUUACUGCCCUUUUGGAAUUUAUCUGAAUGUGUGGCAGAUAUUGGUUUUCCUUCAAAAAUAAUGGAAGCACUGUUCCUAAAAACAUGACACUCUUGUGCUUUUUGUGGUGUGGGAGUUUGUGAUAUUGACCUCUGUUGUCAUGAUUAACCUAUAGGCAUCAAUGUCUGUUGCCUGCUGUGUUCCACUUGUCGAAUGUGUAUCCUGUUUAGCGUGCAUUCGCUGGGUGUGGAAGAAGUUUCUGUACACUGCUGGCCGUGAGAGUGAAAACUGGGGCCUUGCGACUGCCACGGAGUUUGAGCCUGUCCCCCGGCUAUGUCGAUAUAUUCUGUCUGUUUAUGAGGAUGAUCUUAGGAAUCCCAUUUGGGCUCCCCCGGGAGGGUAUGGGAUGAAUCCCCAAUGGGUGUUAUUGAAAAAAGAUUAUGUGGAUACUCAAGGGAAAGUGUCUCCCUACAUGAUCUAUCUUGAUCAUGAUAAUGCAGAUAUUGUUGUAGCAAUUAGGGGUCUUAAUUUGGGGAAGGAAAGCGAUUUUCUUCUCUUACUUGAUAACAAGCUUGGGCAGACAACGUAUGAUGGUGGUUACGUUCACAAUGGGCUGUUGAAAGCAGCUCAGUACGUUUUGCAAGAAGAGUGUGAGAUAUUGAGGGAGCUAGUUGAAAGGAAUCCCAACUACACAUUAACUUUUGCGGGGCAUUCCCUUGGAGCUGGAGUUGUGACGUUGUUAACGAUGUUGGCAGUCAAGAAUAGGGAGAAAUUGGGGCAUAUUGAGAGGAAAAGAAUUAGGUGCUUUGCUAUUGCUCCUGCAAGGUGUAUAUCACUUAACUUGGCAGUGAGAUAUGCAGAUGUCAUCAAUUCGGUCGUGCUGCAGGAUGAUUUCUUACCCCGGACGACCGUAGCACUGGAAGAUGUCUUCAAGUCACUUUUCUGUUUCCCUUGCUUGCUGUGCAUAAUGUGCUUAAAAGAUACAUGCACACUAGAGGAGAAGAUGCUCCAGGAUCCGAGACGUCUGUAUGCACCUGGUCGCCUCUACCACAUAAUCGUGAGAAAACCCUUCAGGUUUAAAAGAAUUUCACCUCUUGUUAAGACAGCAGUACCUGUGGAUGGACGGUUUGAGCACAUUGUUCUUUCGUGCAAUGCAACAUCGGAUCAUGCUAUUAUUUGGAUACUAAGAGAAUCUGAAAGAGCACUUGAUUCUUUGCUGGAAAAGGAGCGAAUUAUGGGCAUUCCACCAGCGCAGAGGAUGGAGAGGCAGGCAUCCCUUGUGAAAGAACACAUGGAGGAGCACAGAGCAGCAAUAGAGAGAGCAGUUGCAUUAGACAUUCCCCAUGCGUACUCACCUUCUUACGGUACUUUCCAAGAAAUGGAGAAAGGUGAAAAUUCAAGUGCCGGGCAUGAUAACUCGAUUGAGAUUAUACAAGAAGCAAAAUGAUGUGCAUGAUUUUAGGAACAUGGGGUAGAAGGUAAAUUGUAGCCUAUCAACUUUGGAAAAUAGUUUAGGAAAUGAUAUUCAUUCUUUCAUUGAUACUUGCCGGAAGUGCAAGAAUGUGACUUCGAUUCCGUUUCAUUGUUCAUCUUUUAGUUGCUUGAAUGUAUAUCAGAAAAUAAAAGUUGAUUCCCACUAA